AUGAAAGGCAUUAAGAAGAGUCUUGCAGAAGAAUCUCUCUAUCUGGACUUUUCUUAUCAAAGGGAAGGAUGUGUUUUUCCUCUGCAUACAUCUGUAACUCUAUUUUUGUUGUCAUACUGUGAUUGCAAAAUCUUUAAAGUUUUCUUAGUCCUCCCCAGAGAAAAUACAGAUAUUUCACUAGUAAAAAAUGGACUUCCCUCAGAUAUUGAAGUACAGAUUAUUUCAAGAGAAGAGCUUCCAUCCAUAGUCCAGAAUUGUUGUUUACCUGCAACAAUGGAAGAAUCAGGCAAUUUUUGUAGAGCAGGACUUGCUGUUGUACUAAGACACAUAAUUCAGAAAACGUAUGAAGCUGAUCCCUCAAAGAAGGAAAUUUUAGAACUACUGGGUUUCAAGAAGACUUGCUUGAAAGCCUGUGCUGAAGUUAGUCAGUGGACCAGGCUCUGUGAACUCACCAUUCCUUUGGCUAUUGAGAAUUUUCUCAAACAGUCUUCUCAACAACCCUCAACUAUUCCUGUAGAAAUAUUACAGUUAGAGAAGAAACUCGGGGAGCCGGUCAGAGUGCACAACGAUGACAAACUCCGUCGGCAGAAGCUGAAGCAACAGAAGGCUGCUGGAAGUAGACUUCCCCUUGCCACGGACAAAACAAAGAACAAGAUCCAUAGUGAGGAAACAUCUGAAGAGGUGGGCUCUGUGUCCAAGAGUCUGGAAUUGGAAGUGGCAUUCUCAAAGCUCACGGCCCAGGAAGAACCACCUGUCACCAACAGGGAGCCUUCUCACAUCAGAAAAGCGAAAGCGGCUGACCUUCCACCCCUGGAGCAUGUGUUCGCAGAAGGGCUUUACUUCACAUUGGCAGAUAUUGUGCUCUUGCCGUGUGUCCAUCACUUUUUGGCAAUUAUCUACAAAAAUCUUGCUGAAAAGCUUAUAGAAUUUCCAUUGCUUGCCUCUUGGUACCAGAGGAUUCAGGAAGUGCCAAAAGUGAAAACAGCAGCUUCUAAGUGUGGAAUCCAGUUUCUUGAUUUGCCAGAGUUGUUGACCUCCUCAAAUGAGCAGCAUCCAAAUCCAAGCGAAGUCCCAGGAGUAGAGGAGCAAAAUGAUCCUUCGUUCAUAGGAGGACCAAGACCAACAAUGACCAAGUUAAUGGAAAAAGGCAUUGAAGUGAUGUUCUCUCCCCAUCCAUGUCCUACCUGGACCCUUGACUGGAAUAGUCUUCCUGCAGCUGUCAGCCCAAAGGAAGGGAAAAUGUCCAGCGAUCGAGCACUGAGGAAGCAACAGCAGUUAAAUAACCUUGUUUACAUGGUGACAAAUCAAGCAAGACCUGGUGACAGAAUUGUGGAUUUCUGCAGUGGCGGGGGCCAUGUUGGAAUUGUGCUUGCCCACGUGUUGCCAUCAUGCCAGGUUACACUUAUAGAAAACAAGGAAUUAUCUUUAGUUCGUGCUAAGAAGAGAAGUGAUGAAUUAGGUUUGAGCAACAUUUGGUUCAUUCAAGCAAAUAUGGAGUAUUUCACAGGGAUGUUUAAUAUUGGGGUGGCGUUGCAUGCUUGUGGAGUGGCAACAGACAUGGUGAUUGAACACUGCAUCAAAAUGCGAGCUUCCUUUGUCACAUGCCCUUGCUGUUAUGGUUUCAUUCAGAAUACAUCAAAGUUUAAUUUUCCAAAAAGUGAGCAGUUCAAAGAAACUCUAUCUUACAAGGAACACAUGAUUUUGUGCCGAUUUGCAGAUCAGACAGCUGUCCAGCUCCCACCCCAGCGCAGGCUCAUAGGAAAACAGUGCAUGUGCCUAGUGGAUCUGGAUCGAGCUCGAGCUGCAGAAGAACAUGGUUACUCUGUCCAAGUGAUAUCCAUGGAGCCAGAGAACUGCUCUCCAAAAAAUAAUAUGAUUGUGGGUAUCCCCGCUUAA